AUGUUCAUUUCUCUCGCUAUUCUUGUCUUGACAGCGGCACGGACAGCCUUCGGGCAGACCGGAGUCAACUGUACCCAUCCAACUGCAUUCUAUGACCAGACCAUCGACCAUAAUGCCACCAAAAGCGGAACCUUCAAACAACAAUACCAACUUAUCCUAGAUUACUACAAGCCGGGAGGUCCUAUCCUCUUCAUGCAGGGAGCAGAGACCGCGAAUCUCUCUUGCUUGGAGUACAUGGUCUUUGAAGACUGGGCGCCGGCCUUAGGUGCUGCCGUUGUCCAACUCGAGCACCGUUUCUUUGGCGUCAGCAAUCCAAGUACCGCUUCCAACGUUACAGAGCGCUACGAAACCCUCACUCUGGAUAAUGUUCUCCUGGAUUCUGUCACCUUUGUCGAAUACUUGAAGAAAAAUAAUACCGAAUUGAAUAAUGCUAAGGUGAUCGCACAUGGAGGCUCAUAUGGGGGUUGGCUGUCUGCAUUACUGCGACUCAACUAUCCACAGACUUUCUAUGGUUCCAUCGCCUGGGCUGGACCGACGGAGAGCUUUGGACCAGAUUCUUCAGACCCUGCGCGUGGAUAUUGGUACACCUUUCUAUCGAAUAUCUACUCCAGCUACUCCGCGGAAGUUGCUGCCAAAAUCAAAGCUGCACUUGCAACCUAUCAAGGCUACAUCAAGACUGGGACAAAUUACGAGGACCUCGCUCACGGACUCAACCUCUGUGAGGUUCCCCAGAACACCAGCGAUCUCGACUUCAUUUACCAGACACAGAUCCUCAAUGCGUACACGGCCAACUCUCAGUUCAGCUACGGAGUACUGCCGGGGAUCCCAGGGCUGACAGCCAACCCUUUCAACGAAGCCCUCAAUCUGACCCUCGAGGCCAAUGGUACCUUUGAAGUCCUCAAUGCCAGCCUCUCGGUACUUUUCAAGGGCUCUUGUGUAGACUGGACGGGAGAAAACGCAUUCGACUUGGCCGGCGCCGAGCAGGUACCCUUUCAGUACUUGGAAUGUCGAUACUUCCCCAUCUCAGCAGAUCUGGUGACCAACGGCACUAUCUUCCCUGCUGCAUCCCUCGGUUAUAGCAACAACCGUGCCCAAUUCUGCUCAGAGACCUACAACAUGACCAUUCCUACCCUACAGGAACUGUCGACGGAGUAUCACUUCACCUCCAACGACCUGCUGGCGGCGACCCACCUGCUUUUCACAUUCGGAACUCUCGAUCCUGUCUCUAGCUGGGCGCCGUGGGAGCUGUACCAGAGGAUGACUCCCAACCGCAAUGCUUCAAGUCUGAUCGUCGUCCCGGAGGGAGGCCACACGGAGGAUUCUUUCAAUCCAAGCUUCUUGACCAAGCCUGGCGUUCUUCAGGCGCAGAAAUUCGAGCUCGAAUAUAUCAAAGAAUGGCUUGGCAUUACCGCCUACUGA